AUGCCGAUGGUUGUCGUGGAGACCAGGGUAUCGGAGGUGGAGGGCCAGUCAGUACUGGCCUUUCUGCUCUGCUCAACUAAUCAGCACCUGUGCUGGUGCAGUUUACCAGCUAAUAGGGACCUGGGCUUGGAAGGGACGUCCUUGAACGACGUCCUUUAUAAACACACGGCCUUCCUGAAUCUGGUGGACCCCAUUUCUCAUGACUUGCUGAUGAGCUUGGCCCGAGAUAUCCAGUGCCCCAAGAAGGAGCUGGAGUCGCUGAAGUCUGCCGAGAAGCUCUGCCGACAGCUGAUCUACCAUCUGACUCCACACUCCAAGUGGCAGCGACAGGCGGUGUCCCGGCACUCGCAGCCCUGUUUAAAAACAGCUUUGCAGAAGAAAAUUGGGAAUGACUCGUUGGAUCUGUCGGGAAUGCCGCUGCCUCCCAGGGAUGUUCAGCGCGUGGCCUACCACUUGCAGCUGAACCGAGACCACCUCACCUCCAUCGACCUGAGCUUCACCGAGCUGACAGACGACAGCCUGCAGUUCCUGCUGCCUUUCCUGGCAGCCCUUCCCAAACUCACAAACCUGGCGCUGAACGGAAACCGCCUGACCAGGCUGAUCCUCAAGGACAUGACAGAGAUGAUGAAGGAGCCCAAUGUCUUCCCAGCGCUGUCCUGGAUUGACCUGGGCAACAAUGCAGACAUCUGCUCCAUGCCCCAGCCCCUGCUGGUGGGGCUGCGCCGGCGGUGUAGUCUGCAGGGGGCACUGCCCACCAUCCAGGAACACAGUGAGGGGCAGCCCAGUGACCAGGAGGGGGAGCAUGGGGUCAGCCAAUCCCGAGAGGGGGAACAGGGGGAGGUCAGCCAAUCCCGAGAGGGGGAGCAGUGGAUCAGCCAAUCCAGAGAGGGGGAGCAGGAGGUCAGCCAAUACCGAGAGAAGGAGCAGGGGGUCAGCCAAUCCCGAGAGGAGCAGCUGGGGGUCAGCCAAUCCCGAGAGGAGGAGCUGGGUGAUGUUACCCAAUCCCAAGAGGGGGUACAGGGGGUGGUCAGCCAAUCCCAAGAGGAGGAGCCGGGCGACGUUACCCAAUCCCGAGAGGAGGAGCCGGGCGACGUUACCCAAUCCCAGGAGGAGGAGCAGGGGGUCAGCCGAUCCCAGGAGGAGGAGCCGGGCGACGUUACCCAAUCCCAGGAGGAGGAGCCGGGCGACGUUACCCAAUCCCAGGAGGAGGAGCAGGGGGUCAGCCAAUCCCAGGAGGAGGAGCCGGGCGACGUUACCCAAUCCCAGGAGGAGGAGCAGGGGGUCAGCCAAUCCCAGGAGGAGGAGCCGGGCGAUGUUACCCAAUCCCAGGAGGAGGAGCAGGGGGUCAGCCAAUCCCAGGAGGAGGAGCCGGGCGACAUUACCCAAUCCCAGGAGGAGGAGCCGGGCGACGUUACCCAAUCCCAGAAGGAGGAGCAGGGGGUCAACCAAUCCCAGGAGGAGGAGCCGGGCGACGUUACCCAAUCCCAGGAGGGGGAUGGCAGCCCCUGGCAGGUGCUGCAGAGGGAGGCCGGUGCACAACAACACUGCCAGAGGUGACUGAGUGCGCGGGCGCCAGGGAGAGGCUGGAGCUUUGAUAAAUCCCUUCAGCAAAGAGGGAGACAGAAGCCCCGAGUCACCGGCAGACCGAAGCCUGCCAAAGCUCCCUGUUUCCCACCGGGUUGCCGGGGUGAUGCUCCGGGCCAGGAAUGGUGUUCCUCGAGCAGGGCCGGCUCACAGAGAUGGAGACAUCCCACCCCGUCAGCUCCCUCCAGGACAGAAGCAAAUGCUGACUUUGAUUUGGAAUCCGGCUAAGGUCUAAAAUCUGCAAGGCCGUGAGCUGAAGUGGCAGCCACGGGCAGGGCAGCAACCUACCCCCCGCACCUGAGCCAGGCAGCCGACGUGUCAGCCUUUGGUAACUACCGGACCAAGGAGGUGUCACUGUGACCCAGUGGGUUGUGUGGUGCAGACCUGCCACCUGGCUGGAGGAACUCCCUGUACAGGAGGUGCCAGGUUGAUGCACCAAUACUCCUUGUCAAGGCCAGCUGUGUGUCAACGUCACUAGCCUGUGCGUGCGUGUGUUGUGUGUGUGUGUGUGUGUGUGUACAAACAGCUGGAUUCACCCAGAUGUGCUCACUGCUGCCCCCUGUUUGAAUUCCAAUGUUGUGCGCCUGCGACCUGCUCCAGCUCUGUGUGGGGGGAGGCUCCAAUGCCUCCCGAGUUGACCCCCGUCUCCUCCCCACUGAGCAAGACCUCCAGUUUACUGUUGCGGUGACUGCAGCGGUGUGAGGUGCCGGCAGUGUGGGAGGCCUCACGGGGCAGGUACACGCCUCCUGUUGCAGUGGCUGAGCCCAGUCCCCAGCUCUGCUCUCUGUGUGAAGUUGUCUUUUAUUAUUUUCCCGUUUAGAUGUCUGUGUGCCGUUCUCAUUAACAUUUAGGUUUGAAUGUUCACGGGCUACCUUUAUGAUUUGAGCACUGGACCCAGGAUUCCUGCUCCGGUUUCCUCCCGGUUAGGAAGUUGUGGGCGUGCUAUGUUGGCGCCGGAAGUGUGGCGACACUUGUGGGCUGCCCCCAGAGCACUCUACGCAAAAGGAUGCAUUUCACUGUGUGUUUCGAUGUACAUGUGACUAAUAAAGAGAUCUUAUCUUA